AUGAAGCUUACAAACAGCGCGUCUCUUGGUAUUACGACUCCAGGGUCAGAUCCCGAUCUUUCCGAGUCGGAGAUUGGGUCAUGCGAAAAGUCUCUUUGCCAACUAAGAAUCCCACGAAAAGAACCCUCGGACCUUCUUGGGAAGGGACCUUACGAGAUCAUCGACAUCCAGCGAUCGGGGACUUAUCGACUCAGAGACUCCAACGGAAAGACCCUCGGUCAUCCUUGGAACGUAGAGCACUUGAAAUUAUUUUAA